AUGGUAGAGAAGCUCCACCGGCAAUUAAAAGCAGCCAUAAAGAGCCACCAAACAAAAGCAUGGGCGGAGAUACUCCUAGUUGUUUUAAUGAGCAUCAGGGCCGCGUGGAAAGAGGACCUACAAGCAACGCCGGCGGAAAUGGUGUACGGAGAACCAAUUUGGUUACCGGGGCAGUUUCUCAACGAAGCCGACAGCGAAACAGACACUUCGGAAGGAUUCGUAAAGGAGAAACAGAACCUGAAGAAAACGAAAAAAAGGCUACGACCAAAAAUAAGAAGGCACAAACAAAAAACCACGUUCAUAUUUAAAGACUUAGCUACGACACAACAAGUUUUCUUACGAUAUGACACGCCGACGAAAUCGCUACAGCGUAAGACGCCACCAUUAAAACCCGCUUACAUUUUGGAACCAGAAAAAACGGAACAAAAUCAAAGCGCAACAGAACAGGCACCUAAGCUGGAGAUUGAGCUACGACUACACGACGAUCUUCGGCGCCAGUUCACCGCAGUCGCCACGAGGAAUCAAGGAACCGAGACAUGGCCACCCGCUUCGACUACGUCCGGUGGCACCCAAACGUCUCCUACGCCUGCGUCUCCUACGCCUGCCACGGGCACUCCGCCAAGGCCCAAGAGCGUCGUUGUCGUACCUAUCGCUCCGUCACCGCGUUCUCCGCGUCUUAACACGCCAGGGCGAUCUCUCUACACGGAGAAGAGGAAGAAAAGAGACAAGCUGAUCCGUAACCUAUUCGGCAACUGA